UAAAUAUACUACAUAUAUCAACCUGUAUGAAGCUGCACUUAUUUCACGUCUAACAUUGUUUGUAUUUUGGCAAGAUAAUAGCUGACUUUAUAUUAUUUGAUGUUUCUCUGAGUUCGUAUAGAACUUCCGUGUUUUGACUUCGGAUAUAGUUAGACGUUUUUGGGACUAAUAAUUAUAGAAACCGAAAGAGACUGAUUCGUUUUUGUUAAAGACUUGUCUUAAUAUUUUAUUUGACAGAUUAAUUUUAAAAUGACUGCAAAGGCGGUUGGAAUAGAUCUUGGAACAACUUAUUCUUGUGUUGGAGCUUUCCAGAAUGGCAAAGUAGAAAUUAUAGCCAAUGACCAAGGGAACAGGACAACGCCGAGUUACGUAGCGUUUACGGACACCGAGCGUUUGAUUGGAGAUGCAGCUAAAAGCCAAGUUGCGAUGAAUGCCACGAACUCGGUAUUUGACGCAAAACGUCUGAUCGGUCGAAAAUUUGAUGACAUUUCGGUGCAGAACGAUAUGAAACAUUGGUCGUUUAAAGUCGUAAACGUCAAUAAUAAACCAAUGAUUCAAGUGGAGUUUAAAGGAGAAACGAAAAAAUUCAGUGCCGAAGAAAUCAGUUCAAUGAUACUAACAAAAAUGGCGGAGACGGCAAGUGCAUAUCUUGGAAAGAAAAUAAAAGAUGUCGUCGUAACGGUACCAGCAUAUUUCAACGAUUCCCAAAGACAAGCAACGAAAGAUUCCGGAUCAAUUGCUGGAUUGAAUGUAUUGAGGAUUAUCAACGAGCCAACCGCUGCGGCUCUUGCUUAUGGUCUUGAUAAAAACUUGAAAGGUGAAAAGAAUGUUUUAAUUUACGAUCUUGGAGGCGGUACAUUCGAUGUAUCGAUUCUUACGAUCGACGAAGGUUCGAUGUUCGAAGUGAGGUCCACAGCGGGAGAUACUCAUCUUGGUGGAGAGGAUUUUGAUAUUAGAAUGGUGGAUUUUUUCAUGCAGGAAUUCAAACGAAAGCACCACAAGGAUAUGAGCGGCAAUAACAGAGCUGUAAGGAGACUAAGAACGGCAUGCGAAAGGGCGAAGCGAACUUUGUCCAGCAGUGCCGAGGCAAGUAUAGAAAUAGAUUCACUAUUUGACGGUGUUGAUUAUUAUACUAAAAUAUCGCGGGCUAGAUUCGAAGAGCUCAAUGCAGAUCUAUUUAGAGGGACACUUGAACCGGUCGAACGUGCACUUCGAGAUGCAAAACUUGAUAAAUCUAAAAUCCAUGACGUUGUCCUCGUCGGUGGAUCUACUAGAAUUCCAAAAAUUCAAAAGCUAUUACAAGAAUUCAUGGCAGGAAGAGAGCUAAAUAAAUCGAUCAAUCCGGAUGAAGCUGUCGCCUAUGGCGCUGCAAUACAAGCCGCCGUUCUAACAGGCGACACCAGCGAAGCAAUCAAAGAUGUUCUCUUAGUUGACGUUGCGCCGUUAUCAUUAGGAAUUGAAACAGCAGGUGGUGUUAUGACAAAUCUGAUCGACCGGAACAGCAGGAUACCUUGCAAAAUGGCAAAAACAUUUACAACUUACGCAGACAACCAACCUGGUGUUCAUAUACAGGUGUAUGAAGGUGAGAGAGCUAUGACCAAAGACAAUAAUCUAUUAGGAAAUUUUGAUUUAAAUGGUAUACCACCCGCACCGCGUGGUGUUCCUCAAAUUGAAGUGACAUUUGACAUUGAUGCUAACGGAAUCUUAAACGUACAUGCCGAGGAUAAAAGUACGGGUAAAUCGAAUAAAAUCACAAUUACAAACGAUAAAGGACGAUUGAGCAAAGCCGAGAUAGACCGAAUGGUUAAUGAAGCAGAGAAAUACAAAGAUGAAGAUGAUAAACAGCGAGAAAGGGUAACUUCGAAAAAUCAACUUGAGAAUUAUGCUUUUACUGUUCGGAUGGCGAUAAAUGACGCUGGCGACAAGCUGUCACAAGAUGAAAAAGACAAAGUGUUGAAAAAAUGUGAAGAAACACUGAAAUGGCUAGAAGCAAAUACGUUAGCCGAUAAAGAUGAAUACGACUAUCACAUGAAAGAUUUACAACAGGUCGCUUCGCCUGUAAUGACAAAACUACAUGGAGGCGGUGCCAAAUCCGGAGGCGAAUCACACGGAGGCUCAACACAGGGACCAACAGUCGAGGAAGUAGAUUAAUGAAUUGACAAAGGAAUAUGACAUGUAUUCAUAGAUAAUAUAUCUGUAUUUUUUCAUAUUAUGCAUAAGUGUUAAAUGAUAAGUUUGGUUUGCUGUUUGGCGCUUGGCAAAUAUUGUCAUUGUAUAUAUGAUGUAUCGCUUCAUGUUUCAAAAUAAAUUUUUAUUUUAUUUAAA